CCGGGCCCCGCCUCGUGGCCCGCGCCGUGCUAGAUUUGGGCCCUGCCGGCAGCCGAAGGCGCGUCUCUCCUCCGCCAUGGCAUCAGGUUUGAAAGGCAAGGAAUCCAAAACUUCUGAAAGAACAGCUGCAGUUGCUGGUCAUUCGGUUGGCCUUUUUAAUGAUAAAUUACUGACCACAGUAGUGAAGACUCACUUCCAGGAUAUUAAGAAUGAAAGCAGAGUUGUUGAAAAUGUGAUAUAUCCAACAAGAACCAGGGGAGUUGAAAAUGUGACCUUCAAAGGAAAAAAAGGUACAGAGAAUGUCAACAGAAAACAGGAACACUGUCAGGCAGAAGAGCUUGGACCCUCUCAGUUCACAGACUCUCAUUUCAGUGAAAAGGUCUUCAGCUCUGUAAAAGCUAUUCUCGAUCUUUCUGUUUUUCGGAGUCAAGUCCCUCUAGAAAGUCUGGUAAUGGACCUGAAAAGGAAAAACCCAACUUUAUGCUUCAGUCCUUUGGAACCCAAUGGAAGAAUCUCCAUCCAAGGAUCAUUUCUGGCUAUGCAGAAACUCAAAGAAUCUUUGCUAUUAAAAGCAAGUUCUCUUUUAGAAAAAAACAGGAAUUUUAUCAGUGAGGAGAAAAGAUGGAAUAGGCAGAACUCCAGAAGGCAGCUCCAGAGAAGUAGCUCUUUGGAGUCACUCGGGUCCUCAGUACCUGAGGCCACCAAGAGAGGAGAAACGCUUGUUCUCGACACAGAUAUUUUCCUUUACCUCAAAAAGAGCAGAUUUUAUGAAAGCACAUUGAAAAACUGUCAUGUUUUCUGUGAGGAAAGAGUGGAUGGUGCAAUUACCACAAUUUGUAUAAAAAAUGCUCAAGAAUGUUCUCAGCCAAACAAUGCAAAGGUUGUAAAAGCACUUUUUGAGGAAUAUUCACUUGCUCUUCACUUCGAGCUUAGAAAGGAGACACUUACUUUGAAAGGAAAGGAGAGUCGAAAUAAAAGAAAUAUUAAGUUGGCAUGUGAACAGCUAAGUUCGAGGUUCCCUCAGGUCCUGAUAAAUUUUUAUGAGACACACAUUGACAUUAUAGGAUCUUCUUCUGACACAAACUUGUUUAAAAAAGAGGUUAUGAAAUUAAUAAGGUUAGACAGGUGAUGAGAUCUCAGCUGUAAUAAUGCCAAUGGCAGUCGCUUUUCCUUACUGAGUAGUGACGAUGCUGUAACUGACGCUGGCUUUACACACAUGAUCUCACUUAAUCCUCGCAACCCUCCUUCAGUGUAGGCAUUGCUAUCCUCAUGUUGUAGGGGAAGAACCUAGGACUUGGAGAGGUUAAAACUUUUAUCUGGAGUUAUCCAGGGGGGAAGGAAUGGGGCUGGGGUUAAACUCAGCCUAUCUGACUACAAAAUGCUGGCAAAACUCUCUUGAGAAGCUACUUUGAUUGAAAGUACUUCCCAAGCAGGUAAUCAUUACUUGACUAAAUCCGAUUGGUACGAGGCCGCUGGACCAUAUGGGACAUUUUUAUUGUUGCUUAUUUAGCCUAAGUACCUAUAGAAAAUUUUGGUUCUGUUAGAAUUACGAAGAAUUACAAAGUAUAGUGUCUUUUUUCUUUAUUCCCCCCUUUAUUUUAUAAUUGUAUGGUUAAAGUAAUAGCAUUUAAGGAAUAAAAUCAUGGGUGCUUCCUUAAAGAUGACGGAAGGAUUUGAAAAUUCUUUGCUGGGGUGCCCGGGUGGCUCAGUCGUUAAGCAUCUGCCUUCGGCUCAGGUCAUGAUCCCAGGGUCCUGGGAUCGAG